UUGUGAAAAAACUAUCUUUGACACUGAAUACCUUUAUACAAUUGAUAAAAAUGGAAAACCUCUUUUUCUUGGCAUAAUGUCUUCUGUAAUAUUUUAUGAAAUGGAUAUUGAAAAAUGGGUUUGGUAUUCAAGAAAAGAUAACAAAAGCAUGGCGACAAUCUCAGCUCUCGAAACCACAUUACUUUUAGGUCUUAGAAAAGUUGAUUUUAGUGGAGUUAUUAAUGAUGCGUGUACUGAUGGUGGUACACCAUUUGCUGAUAUAAAGUUUAGCACUUGUAAACAAGAUCAAUUCACAUGUUAUGAUGGCCAGUGUAUUGAUAUUGAACACAGAUGUGAUGAGAACACGAAUUGCGCAGACAAAUCUGAUGAAGAGGAUUGCAGAAUGAUUUAUAUGAAAGAAAAUUACAAAAAAACUGUGGCACCAUUCAGGAAACAUUAA